AUGACGCAAAUUGUGGUUAUUGGUGCUGGCGUGAUUGGACUGAGUACCGCCGUGAGACUCCAGCAAGACGGUCACAAGGUCGCAAUUGUUGCCAAAGAUUUUCCAAGUCCGUUUGAGGCCGUGGACGCGAAGGCCGUGAUCAAUUACACGUCGCAGUGGGGCGGAGCACACAACAGAUGGGUCCUACCGACUAACACGAUUGAGGAGCGUGAUCAUGGGAUGGCAUUAAAGACGUAUAAGCACAUGGAGUCUUUAUCGAAAAGCAACCCCGAAGCCGGCAUUACUUUUAUGCCCGGAAUCGAGUAUCUCGAGGACCCUCCAGAGCAAUACAGGACCCUCACGGAAGUGAAAGCAAAGAGUCUUGGCAUAGUCGGGUUCAGGAGUUUAAGUCCACAUGAGUUCCCGGACGAUAAGGUAAAAUGGGGUUGUGAGUACCGAACAUGGUGUGUAAACCCUAUGGUUUACUGUUCGUUCCUCCUGCGUAAGUUCUCAUGGAAUGGAGGCAAGGUGUUCCGCAAAGAGAUCAGCGACCCGCUCGAAGUGUUUUCGAUCAAGGAGUUGCCAAAUGUGCAUACGGCCAUCAAUUGCUCUGGGUUCGGAUUUGGUGACAAGAACUCAUUCAUUACUAGAGGACAAACUUGUGCCGUGGCCAACUUUAGCCCAGCAACGGUGACGCGACAGAACGCCGACGGAUCGUGGACAUUCUGUGUGCCUAGAAACUUUCACGGUGGUACCAUUGUUGGUGGCACCAAAGAACCCGAUAACUGGGACGCUGAGCCGUCAUUGAAGCAAAGACAGGAGCUUUUGAAGAACUUUGCUGCUACCUACCCGACCAUUCUAGAAGAUGGCGGCGAAUUCCGUGUCCUUAAAGACGUUGUUGGAAGACGGCCUACACGGAAAGGAGGCAUGAGACUCGAGAGAGAAGACUUUCCCGGCGACCGGACGCUUAUCCACGCAUAUGGCCUUGGAGGAAGAGGAUUUGAAUUGUCAUGGGGUGUAGCCGAGGGAGUCAUUGAUUUACUAGGAGAGCAAAAGGUCAAGGCACGCUUGUAA